CAACAUGAAGGGCAGCCUCCGGUCCAUUCGUCUUGCUGAUCGCCUCCUGCAGCUGGUCGUCCUGGCUGCCUUCUGCUCCAGUGCGCUCGCUGACGUGUAUGAGCCCGACGUGGACAAGGUCGUGACGCUGUUCGAGAAGGACGACAACCUCGGCAAUUCCACGACCGUAUACUGGCACCAAGCGAACCUGGCCGAGGACUGGGCCAGCGUCAACCAGAAAGGCAUCUGGAUCUACUACAGCGAGGCGAACUACAAGGGCGCCAACGUGACCGCAGUCUUUGGGGAGGAUCUGUCCAUCAACAUCAGGCAUCCGCUCCGGUCGAUGAGGUACGUCGGGAACAGCCGCUUCAACACCCUUCCCGCCGUCGUGCUGUACAGUGAGCCUUGGUUCCGAGGCGCGGAAUACGUGGUGGAGGUGGGCGACGAGGACGACCUGGUGCUGAUCCCCAACUUCCGCGACAUGGGCACUUCGGCGCAGUCCCUCGUCAUCGUCGGCGCUGACUGGACGUUCUUCUCAGAGCAGAACUUCGGCGGCCCUCGCUGCCUGUGUCUGAGGCCCACCUUCUUCACCAUGACGGAGGACGACGACGGCGAGAACGUGAUGCUGAAGGCGUCCUUCUACCCCGAGCUGUCUGAGAUCGGCCAAGUGGGCAGCGUCAUGAUGUCCUGCAAGACGCCCAUGAGGCACCUGUGCCAGAAAUUGCCGGAGGAGACGGUGAAGCGCAGCCGGUGCUCGGUUCUGUCCAACACGGAGCCGAACAUGUGCCGGUAGACCUCGAGGUCCGCCGCUCCGCUCGCCCAAAGGAACCGAUACGAAAUGAUCAAAGAACCUUUAAUGGGAGAUCCGGUAGAUUAGGAGUUCCUUUGUCCGCGAGGUGAAUCAGCACUGCAUGUUGAUUCGGGAGUUGAAAGGCCACGUAUCAAACUCGAAUGCAGUUGGCCAAUGAAGGUGUUUGCAUUGUUAUCCAAUGUUCUUUGAAGAGUUAACUUGAUAUUCAGGAUUAAUAAUUAUGUUACACCUAAAAUGUAGAUAAUCAUACAGCUAUAUCCUAUAUGAUAGAGUGCUCAACAUGAACUUUUAGGAAAAUUAUGCCAAAAUAAUGAUAAAAAAGAUUGAACCAAAUUUUUCAGCUGGCCUCACUUACAGAUUAUCUUAAUAACGAACAAUGUUCUUGCAACAUAUAACACAGUCAUAGUGUAAGCAUAGGUUAUGAUAAUAAAAGCCAUAUAAACCAGGUU